AUGCAAUAAGCCACUCAUGUGAUCUAUGAGCUUGAAGAUGAUGAGGACAAUAAAUAAUAAACUUCUAAACAAGUAGAUAAGCUAAUCUCAUUAUUAUAGUAAAUCAAGAUUGAUAGAAAAUUGGGAGCAGUUACUUAUAAGAAAUGGGGCACGUUAUAUAAUUACUAUUUCUCAUUCAAUCUCAAAAAAGCAAGACUGUUGUGUUACAAAACGAAGACAUCCUCGUCUUACAAUAAUUAUUAUUCAUUAAACAAGGGAGAUUUUGUCAAGGAUGAAUCAGAUAUUGAUCGAUUCGAAAAAAGUUUGAAGAAAAGGAAAAAUUAUGAAAGUCCCCCAGAUCAGAAGUUAAUUAUUUAUGUACGAACGGUUAAAGGCAGAAUCUUUAAAUUAGUCAUCGACGAAAACGAAAAUUAUGAUAAAAUCGUAGGUUAUUUAUAAAUUUGUUUCUCAUCUAAAAUUUAAACUGUGACCUCCUUUUUUGCUUUGCUCGGCGUAGGAUUAAUCAAAGUAAACGAUUACGAAUUCAAAUUAACCACUGGCAUCUUUGUAUCUUUGAAUGAUUGGUCAAAAACAAAUAAUAAUAAAUAUCUCUUGAAUAAUCAUGAUUAAGGCUUAAACUUAUUAAUAAGCAAUAUCGAAUUAUUGGGUGGAAUCAUAGGUUCGUUUUAUAGAACCCAAAGUAUAUUCGGAAUUAUCUUUAACCCAUUUACACAAACCAUUGACAUCGUAUUGUUCGAUAACUAAAAGUAAAUCAUUUUAUUAAGCUAUUUUAGUCCUAAAAAAUUACUUUAGGGAUUGUUCAAAUUAGUCAAAUUUAGUAGAAAACAAAUCUAACCAUCAGGUCGAGGGCAGCUGUUGAAAUUGAGAACAGAUUAAAAUGCAAUUCAAGAAACCCAUUAUGUAGAAAUAGCAUAAAAUGAGAAUGUUAAAAUAUAUAUACACAAUGAGUAUCUUAACAUUUCAGAUUAUGAGUUGGUCUAAGGAUCCAUGUUCACAUCCUAAUAUGUCGAUGAUCAAAAUGAUUUGGAUGCUGAUAAGUUAAUAUCGAAUACAGCUUUAGAAUUCUAUAAAAAAGAAUAUAAACUAAUAAACAGCAAUGAAGAUGAAACUAAAGAAUUUAUUAUUGUUAACAGAUAGUAAAAAUAAUUAAAUUUUAAUAAUAUUGUAUCUUCUAGAUGUAAUAAAAGACACAUUUCAAUUACUACUGAGGAAAUUGUUGAUGAAAACUAAGGACAAGGUAUUUAAGUAGCCAAAAGUAUAAAAGUGCAUAUGCAUAAAUCAGAACAAAGUAUACAAAAAUAAAAAUAUGCUUCACUCCCUAAAUUAGAAUUAAUUGCAGAAUUUCAAACAGGGUAUUUUAAUUAAAUUGAGAACAUCGAUUAGGUGAAAUAACAUCUAUUCAAAUAAGAAUAAUAGCAAUAAUAAAAUGGAAAGGACGUAUAAAAUACAUAAUAAGAAUAAAAUAAAGAAAAUAAGGAAUAAAAAAUACUAGAAUGUUAACAAAAAGAGCAAGAUAAUGAUUCAGAUGAAAUUGAUUUGGUUAAGUUUUCAAUAGUUUUUGAAAUAUCUGAGCAUUGCCCUUAUAGAGAUUAUAGUUCAAUAAUGAAUUACGCUGUUAGUUUUAAGAAAAUAGAUUACAAAGAUGAAUAUAGAGUCAGUAUUGCUCAUAAAAGUGGAGGAACAGCUUGUUAAGAUAAGAAGAUUAUUGAAUUAGCAAGAAGUGUUGGAAAAAACAUGAUCAAAUAAGUGGGUUAGAAAUUAUUAAGUGGUAAUUUCAAUCUUACACAAGUUUCCUUUCCAAUCAAAGCCAUGAUUCCCAAAUCUGCCUUAGAAAAAACCUUCAUGUAAACUAUUCUCUUUCCGUUAUAUUUAAAUAAGGCAGCAUCCCUUUAAGAUCCUCUUGAACGAAUGAAACUCUCAAUUGUCGGAUUACUAUCUAAUUAUAUUUAAGCUAACUCUUUUCUAAAACCUCUUAAUCCUAUAUUGGGGGAGACUUUUGAAGGAGGUUAUGAAGAUGGAACACAAUUAUUUUGUGAAUAAAUAUCUCAUCACCCUCCACUUUCUUAUUUCUUAGUUUACGGACCAAAAAAGUCUUAUAAAUUUUAUGGUUACUCUCUCUAUGAAGCAAAGGCAGGAUUCAACUCUCUAACCAUAUUGAAUCAUGGUAAAAGAACAUUAUAAUUUAAUGAUUAAAAAAUACAAUGCACAUUCUCAUCAGAACAUUACUCUGGUACUUUUUUAGGAACAAUGAAAAAUGAAUCGCAAGGCUCUCUUUAAUUUGUUGAUGAGGCUAAUAAUUUAAAAUGUGUCGUCUAACUAGGAAAGGUGAAAAAUAAACCAACCGAUUAUUUUGAAGGAGAGAUCAAAAGAGGAAAAACAACUCUAAACAAAUUAUUUGGCUCAUACAUGGGAUUUGCUGAUUUCGAUGGUGUUCGAUAUUGGGAUGCCAGAGUUGUUAAACCCUUCGCAAUGCAGAUAUUAAAAUCUUCUCUUGAAUCAGAUCAUGCAAAAAGAACAGAUAGAAUCUUUAUGGUACAAGGUGAUAUGGACAAAGCUCAAUCUGAAAAAGAGAGACUGGAAUAACUAUAGAGAAAAGACGCAGCUUUAAGAAAAGCCUAAAGAUAAAAUGAUUGA